AUGCCUAGUGACCCUCCCUUAUCCCAUGCUUCUUCAUCUAUAAUACCUCAUUCCAAUCCUCUUACAACUCAUCCUAUGACCACUCGUUCCCAAACAGGAUACCUCAAACCUCAUGAUUUAUCAGAUUAUCAAACUUUCUAUUCCACUAAACAUCCACUUCAAGCUCUAACCAGUCUUACCAUGCCACUUGAACCUCAUUCUUACAAGCAAGCUUCAUUGCUUCCAGAAUGGCAUAUGGUUAUGCAAGAGGAAUAUGAUGCCUUAAUUGCUAAUCAAACUUGGACUCUCUGUCCUAGGCCCUUGGAUCACAACGUGAUUGACAAUAAAUGGGUAUACGAGGUUAAACAAACAUCUGCUGGUGCAGUUGAUCGACUUAAGGCCAGAUUAGUGGCCAAAGGAUUUGAGCAAGAUUGUGGUAUAGUCUUUGUAUGGCCUUAA